AUGAACACACUCACGAUGGUGACGUGCCGUCUGCUGUACGCCCUGCUGGUGCUCGCCCUGUGCUGUUGCCCGUCCGUGUGCGUGACAGCAAGUGAUAAGCAGGAAACUACCACUACGACUACCACAACAAAGCCACCAACUACGACGACCACGACAACAACAAAGCCACCAACUACGACGACCACGACAACCACGACCACAACCACGACCACUGCGCCGGAGGCACCAAGCAUUACGACUACAGAGGCGCCAAAUACGACGACCACCCGUGCGCCGUCAAGUAUUCGCAGAAUUGACGGCAGCCUCGGCAGCUCUGCGUGGGCGUGUGCCCCGCUGCUUCUCGCCGCAUCCGCACUGGCGUACACCACUCUGGGCUGA